AUGUCCGCCAACGGGUGGACGGGCAGCGUGCCGGCGACGGUGCCCGGAGGGGCUCCGCCCAGCGCAUUUUCAGGGGCCGCCGCCCGCCCGUCGCAGGCCGGCACGGCGCAGCAGGGGGGCGCCGGCGCGCCAGACCCCCAGCAGCCGCUGGCGCUGCUGCCGUCGCUCGUGACCGACCACUCGACCGGCCUGGCUGUGCUGCGCACGUGGUCAGUGCACCAGGACCCCGUAGAGGCGUGGCGCGAGCUCGUCGGCCGCGCAUCCCCUGCGUUCCAGCGCGCCUCCGCCCGCGUGGCGGACGGCCCCUGGCGGCCCUUCCGGCUGCAGCUCGCGUGGAUGCUCAUGCUGCUGGCCGCCAGGGCACCGGCAAAUCGGAUGUUGAUAGCCAAGGUGGAGCGCGCCAGCAUCGCGCCCCUGGCGACGCAGCUGGAAAAUGCGGAGCGCUGCCGCGCCGCCGGGCUAGGCUUGGGCGACGGUGGCGAUGCGGACGGCCGGGAGGAGGAGGACGGGCCCGCCCAUGGCAGCAGCGGCGGCGAGCGCGAGGGCGAGGGCCUGGCGGCGAAAGGGGGUGCGUGGGGCGGCGACGGCGGCGGCGGCGCCGGUGGCGGCGGGGGCGCGGCGCCGCCUGCAUGGAUUGACUGCCCACCUUCCGCGGGGUCUGCCGAUCCGAACGGGGUGCCGCCGCCACCCAGCUUCGGCCCUGGCGGGCCCCACGCGGCCCCGCUGCCGGCUGCUGCCAACGUGCACCCCGCGCCGGCUGCGGUCGCCGGGGCCGGCCCGGCGGCGCGCGGGGGCGUGGGGUUGGACGAGGUGGGGGGCGUGGGGGCGGGCGCGUUUGUGCUCGCUGGCGAUGGAGACGACGAGGACCUUGAGAUGCUGCAGCAGGAGGUGGCCUUCUUCUCAUCCCAGGCCAGUGUGCAGCGCCGCAGCGAGCCUGGGGCCGGGGCUGGAGCGGCGGCGAGGUGA